AUGCACGCGGGAAUCAACUACGAGCGCUACCUCGCUGAAAUUGACGUCACGGACGAGGACAUGAGAAGCUGGAAAGCCAAGUUCUGGACCGACAACAAGUGGCUGCCUUCCUUCUCCGAAGAGCGUAGCUUGGAUACGACGGACGAAGAUCUGCGUCAACGGAUUUUCAUGAGCAAGCAAGAUGUCGCGGAAGCGCAGGCUGCCAAUCCACUCGCAAAUUUCUCCAUCAUGACCCCGUUCUCAGCGCUCACGAAAGAGGAGUUUGCCACCAAGGUCCUCAACGCGUACGUCCACGUUAACAUCACAGAGCCAACUGCUCCAGCAACACCCACGCGAUCACUGCGUGACAAGGAAACGUCCUCGAUCGCGAGCAUCCAAGACUUGAUUGACACGUUGCAAAACAGCAUCCAGGAGCAAACGGGAGAGUCGUGGACACCUGGUACGGUGAAACCUGUUCUGGACACGACUGCAAACGAAGUGGACACUUCGAUUGCAAAACAAGUGCAUUGGAAACAACCUGCCCCAGCCCCAGCUCCUUUGACGCAAGCUCCAACACCCGCUCCUGAACCCAAGUCCGCGACUCGCCAACCUGUCGUUGAGCCCGUGGUGAAGCAGGAUCAAGUCUCAGUUCAAGUGGAUGAACCCAUCGCCAAUACCGCAAACUCAGUCGACUGGUCUACCACUCCAUGCGGGUCUCCCGUUCAAAGCCAAGGUGAGUGUGGCUCGUGCUGGGCGUUUGCUUCCGUGACUGCCGUCGAGUCGCUGGAGUGCAUCAAACUUGGUCAAUCGAAGCUCAACAGCUACUCAAAGCAGCAACUAAUCAGCUGCGACGCGAAGAACAUGGGCUGUAGUGGCGGUGCCCCAGCAUACGCUUUCGACUACAUUAAGAAGAACGGCCUUUGCUUGGAAAGCGCGUAUCCCUACACGCUACAAAAAGGCGGUUCCACGUCCUGCUCGACAAGUUGCUCCAAGAGGCAAACGGGCAUCACUGGAUACGAAAAGCUGGACGAAGGCGACGACGCGGCGCUCAUUGACGCACUCAAGUUGCAGCCGAUUGUCGCAGCAGUUGCAUCGGGUAACGCAGCUUGGAAGCAGUACACUGGUGGGAUCCUCUCGAGCUGUGAGACCUCCUCGCUUGACCACGCCGUGGUCGUUGUGGGCUACGACGACACUACGAUCAAGAUCCAGAACUCGUGGGGUGAGAAUUGGGGCGAGGCGGGAUACAUCCGACUGCAACGCACUUCGUCCAGCUCGGGUACUUGUGGCUUGCUCGAGGACAUGUCUCGUCCCACGAUGUAG